AUGAACAGGUCGACUGCUCCAAAACAAUCGACUCUAGUAGGGGAUGAAAUGCUGGAAAACAGUGAAGAUGAUGACGAUGAGAUAGGGGAGGAAAGAUUCCAAGAGGAAGUGGAAAAAAUAGAAAAAGGGUGGCAAAAUAUUCAGGAGAAUAUGUUAGCCUCUUUCCUGCUUGAUGAUGAAACCAUGAAUAAGAAGAAAAGGAAAGGGGAUAGUCUAGAGAGAAUAAAUGACCUGAAGAGGGAGAGACUCGAAGAGAGUAUUAAGUUUCCUAACGAAACCAAACAACAAAAAAUAAACAGGAAACUCGAAGAGUUAAAUAUAAAACUAAUAGAGAUAUUUACUAACCUAAGCGAAGAAAAGGGGGAAAAGGUGGAGAUGGACACGGAAUUAAAAAAACUGUUAGGGGUCAUAAAAUCCACCAACAACAAAAAAGAAGACGACAGUAUAGCCGAAAAAACACAACAAGAAGUAAAAUGCGACCACUGCAAGCUAAAAGUGGAACAAGAAAGACAGAGAGAAGAGCAAGAAAAAAUUAAAAGGGCUCUAAACAUGGGGGGAGGAAAAAACCUUCAUGAGUAUAUGUAA